AUGGCGUCGGCGGUGCCGGGCUCCUCCUCGGCGGGGCAGGCGCUGCUGGCGUCGGCGCGGGCCUGGGUGCCGCGGCCCUCCCUGUUGCCGCUCCCGGGCCGCGCGGGGCGGCGCCUCCUCCGACUGCAGCUCAGCGCCGCGCCCGGCCACGACCGCUUCCGGAUCGGCUUGAGGGGCGGCCCGGACUCGGGGCCCGAACCGAGCCUGGUGGAGUACAGCCUCAGGGAGAUUUCCUAUGAAGUGAAGACUCCCACGUGCCAUGAGUUGAAAGUCUUGGCUCGGCCGGAUGACCCCAUCGUCUUCCAUUUUGAGGAUGAGCACGAGGCGCAGAAGUGGUGGGCAGUCGUCAGCAGCUCCCUUUGGGAGGUCCAGAAAGCUGCUGAGGGCCCCCACAUGGCGGCAGGACAGUCUCCUCUCCAUCUCUCAGCUGCCACGAACUCUCUGCCGGUGUCAGAGCCUGAGGCCUCUCUGCCCUUGGACCUGGCGAGGAAAGAAGACCUGGCUUUCCACCUUUCCGUGGCUAUUGGACUUGGGGACCAGGAAGAGGCCGUGCGAUGUGCCACAGCGCUGGCUCAGCAGCAGGCCGCUCUACGCAUCCUGCCCAAGGAGUCCUGCUACCCUGCGAGUGAGAUCAGCAUGAAGGUGGGCGUGGAAGAUGCUAUGUGCUCAGCCACCAUCACCAUCCCGGUCCAAACGUGUACCACAAUCGCAGCUCUCAGGCAGAAGGUCUUCCAGGAUUACGGUUUCCACCCCAGUGUCCAGCGCUGGAUCAUUGGUCAGUGCCUCUGUGUCGACGACCGAACGGUGGGCUCCUACGGGAUCCGCAAGGAUGGAGACACGGCCUUCCUCUACUUGCUCACGGCAAAGGUGGCCAAUCUCUCCGAGCAGCGCUACAAAGAGGACAAAGACUGGGUGGUGCUGCAGCCGGCCCCUCCUCCGCUCUCAGGGGGCUCUGGCACCGGACAGCCUUCGUCCAGCCCUCUGCCCAAGACAGGUGUGACCCCUGGAAGUAAGAAGACAGAUAUCGAGGAGAGACUGAGCGCGCUGCAGCUCACCAACCUCCUUCCCAGCCAUCCUCGAACUCCUCCGGCUGCAAAUGUUGCCCCCCCUUCCCCCGUUCAGGACGGCUGGUCGUGUCCGACCUGCACGUUCAUCAACAAGCCCACCCGCCCCGGCUGUGAGAUGUGCAGCACUGACCGGCCGGCCAGUUACGUGGUUCCCGGCGGCUACAGACCCGACGAGAUGGAGCUGUGGCGGAUGCAGCAGGAGAAGGAGGGAAUCCUGAAGUACCAGCAGGAAAAGGGAAGGAGAGAAGACGGUUCCACCCUGCCCUGUGCCCAGGGCCCUGCCUCCCUGGAGGACUUCAUCCACCUCUCCUCGGAGUUCUCCUAGCCGGGAGCCGCAGGGCUCCUGCUUUGCGGCUGGGCCUGCGCCGAUGCAGCCUGCAGGCAGGGACCUCUUUGGAGAAGGGUUGCCGCAGCGGCUGCCGUGAGGAGCCCAGUGCGAACUGAACCGCCGGCGCCCGGCUGGCUCCCUGGUCCCGUGUUUUGCUUCUGGAAAUCACCCGUUCAACGUUUCUGUUGCCUGCUGAGCCUGGGGGACUCUGCGGAUCAGCCGAGCCGGGGUGGGGAGGGCAGUUCUGCGGGGCGCUGCAGAAGAGGUAGCAGAGGGGCCCGGGGUUUCUCUGUGGUGUCACAAGUGGCGUGUGUGGCGGCCGCAGUGACCUCUGGACAGUGACACUCCUCGUGGCGCAGGGGCCUUGCUGCAACAUCCCCCCCCCCCCUUCGCAUCCCAGCCCCGGUUCGGGCCUGGGCAUUAUCUUUUGCGGCCUUUGCCUCUUCUGGCUCAGUUCCGCAGACCAAAGCCCUCUUGGGAAAGGGGGCCGCCUC